CUUAAGAAGGAAAAUGAAGAUCUGAAGAAAGAAAAUGAGGAUCUUAGAAUGCAGCUCCAAGAGGGUCAGCAUGAGCUGCCUGAUGGUAAUAUCUAUAAUUGUUUUGAUAGUUUUUUUAUUUAUUUCAGAUUUGGCCAUUUUUAAUAUGCUUAUUACAGAAUACAAAUACAGCACUAGGAACAACAACCAAGCUACUAAUAGUACAGCUGAAUCAUUAAUAUCAUCUUUCUAUGCUCACUGCUGUCUCCUAAGGGGAACAUAAAACUGUGACUAUUAUAUGAAAGGAAACAUUACUUCAAUAAUGAGAGACUUAUCUUCCCUUUCAUAUUUCAAAUGAUUUUUGCUUGUCUAAAGCUACUUUGGAACUUUUAUUGUUUGUAUUCUUGUAAAACAAAAAUAUAACACACAAUCAAUGAUUGAAUUUAACAUUUAUCUGGUGAUUCUUUUGUGUCUUGCUUUUUAUGUACACAAAAACUAAGAACAUUUUUGACCCGUUUAAGCUAAAUUUCAUCAGUCUUCAUGGAUAUCUUCCACCAAACCGACACAGUUCUCAAUCCCCACCAAACCGACACAGCUCUCAAUCCCCACCAAACCGACACAGUUCUCAAUCCCCACCAAACCGAUACAGUACUCAAUCCACCCCAAACCGAUACAGUUCUCAAUCCCCACCAAACGGAUACAGUUCUCAAUUCCCACCAAACAGACACAGUUCUCAAUCCCCACCAAACCGACACAGCUCUCAAUCACCACCAAACCGACACAGUUCUCAAUCCCCACCAAACCGAUACAAAUCCCCACCAAACCGAUACAGUUCUAAAUCCCCACCAAACCGACACAGUUCUCAAUCCCCACCAAACCGAUACAGCUCUCAAUCCCCACCAAACCGACACAGUUCUCAAUUCCCACCAAACCGAUACAGUUCUCAAUCCCCACCAAACCGACACAGUUCUCAAUCCCCACUAAACAGACUUGUUGAAGAAGAGACUGAAGCAGAGGUUGUGCUGCCAAGUUCCGGGGUCAUGGAUGAAUCAACUGGGAAUUGGGAGGAUGUUUCCCAUGUACAAAGAACAUGUCACUGAGAAGAGUGUGUUACAUUAAUUUUACAGCUUGUACGAGCGUCAAAUUUGACAUGGAGGCUGGGGGUGAGCAGUAGAUCGAUAACCCCUUUGAUUUUGAGGUCAUAGGAUCAACACCAUAAGCCUAUAACAGUUCCUUGAAUAAAUUCAUUUAAAAUACGGGUCUAUUUAUUAAUUGCCUCUGCCCUUGCAUUUUUAUGAAGAAGCAAGCUUACAAUUUAGAUACAUAUAUUGUUCUAUCAGAGUAGCUUGAUCAGAUAUGGAAUUUGUCCAUGUUCUAAAAGUAUAUUGUUUAAACUUAAUUGUACAAUUAUAGUUUGUUCAUUUAAAACCAUUAUUAAAUCAAACACAAUUGUUUUCCUUUUUUGCAGAGUUCAGAUGUGAGGAAAGUGCGUCUGGUUCCUGACCUUGAAGUUUACAUAAGCCAGACGCAGCUUUCCCAGGUACAGCAUUUGGGGACAAGCAACCCGAGGAAAAUGACGAUAGCCUUGAUGGACAUUUUGUUCACCAGAGAACAGCUGGCUAAGUCUAGUGCCACGGGGUCAAAGAGAGCACACAAUGCUAAAACUGACACUGUAAAAUUGCCGUCCACAGCAGUUCUUGCAAUUAAGCAGUUUGAGUUGAAUCAGUUCAAGAGGAGUGAUGGGACACCAUGUUUAGAAGAUUCCAUUUUUAAUGACGUUAUUAAUAGCAAGUGUGCCACUGCAAGAAGGGCUUUGAAUAAAAAUAAAUAACUUUUAAUUAAAGCAAUAUUCUAGAGUGUACAUAUGAUGGCCUGUGAUGUUACCAAAUGCAUGUAAACGUGUUGAUUGUAUAUGUUUAUAUAAAAUUUUGGACAUAUUUGCUGAUAAUAUUGUAUUUUAUCCUUUAGCUUGCUGACAACAUUCAUUGAAUUGACUUGAGAUUCAACUGGUAACUGCAAGCUUGCGCAAGCCUUUGCAAGCGUUCCAGUGUUAUGAAUCACAAGUUUUCGCAAGCUUACACAAGCUGGCAAGUUUGAUGAACCACAAGCUUGCAAGCCUAAUAAGCCGCAAUCUUGCACAAGCUUUUUUGAUUAGUCGCAAGCUUGCCACAAUGUUCCAAUUCUGAGCUUGUAGCAAGCCUUUCCAGCAAGUUUGCCACAAGCUUGCUGCAAGCAUUAAAAAAAGCUUGCAGUUUUGGUUUGUGUCUUCAUCAGAAGUAUUCAUUUCUAAAUGGAACAGGGCCUAUAAGAUUUCUUAUAAUUAAGGCUGAAAAUGAGUUCACUGUUCUUGAUCAAAUUGCCAAUGUGUGCUGUGCAUCAAUUAACCUAAAUGUAUCAGUCAUAGGAUUUGAUUGAAAGUGAAAUAGGGGAUUUUUGCACAUCAAACAUUGAUUGCGUCUUUGUGGAUCAGUCGAAACUGCAGAACACUUCUUACUUUAUUGUCCACUGCUUGUAGACAUUCGUCGCCACUUCUUGAGCAACAUGCCAUGUGCACCUAUUUUUCAAAAUCUUCUCUAAGGAAAUGAAACUCUUUCAUUUGAACAAAACAAAGUAAUAUUUUCACUUGUGCAAUCGUACAUAACUGCCUCUAGGCGGUACGUUUCAACCCUCCCUGGCGUAUUGGGCUGAUCACGCCUACCCCCUCAUCAUUGUAAGACCAACAUUUUCAUUUCUUAUCAUUUUUAGAUAAUAUUCAGAAGAAAAAAAUCUAUCAAUUAUACUCAUUGUCAGCGUAGCAUAUGCCAUGUCUCAUCUGUUUUUAUGCACUUUAUCUAAGUAGAGGAGCAGAAUUAAUAUAAGUUAUUUCUUGUUUUCUAAUCCUCGAACAUAUUGUGAUGUAUUUCAUUCUAUACAUAUAACAUAAGUAUGUAUGUUUGUAUGCUAUUUGUCAAAAACUAAACAUUGAUUGUUUUUACAGGCACCACUGUUACACAUGCAUAAUAAAUAAAUAUAUGAACUGUAUUGCUUGGAGUUGUUACACUCUGCUGAUAUCUAGGACCAUGUGUUCACUGUUCAUUAUGUCUUCUAAAUGGCUCAAUGUUUGUCCUGAGGUAGUCAGGGAUCUAGCUGCCAAAUGGCCGCGUUGUUCCUCCAGUAUGACUCACAGUUUAGAAUGUUCCAUGAGCCUGGUCUAAUUUCCUUGGAACAAAUCCAUGUUAAAUCCUCAGCCCUUUCAUCCAUACCAGGCCUACCAUAAUUCCAGGCCUAAAUUCACCACCGCCCAACAAAGUUCCUCCCCAAUACUUGUUGAACAUACAUGGUCAACCUGUAACAACAUGCAAUGCUCAGGACAACACAUCUGUGGCUACUGUCUGGGCCCUCGCCCCACACCACACAUACAGUUUACAUGAUAUAAGCAAACAAACAUAAUCAUACAUAAUCAAAGCUUAGGUCACUGUUUAUUUUUACUUGGCUGUUCUUUUUUUAAUAAUAUAGUAUUUUAAUAUUUCCAUUGUCUUCUCCAAAUAAACUUUCUUUCUUGACAAAAUGCAAAAAACAAUUUCAAAUGAAUGCUGGAUGCAGAUCAGCAGCUGUUGACGAAUGCACCAAAUGUCAUACGGUAAUCAGCCAAUUGGAGAAAAAAAUUGGGGAGCUAGAGUCGCAGGUAGAACUUAAAUUUUAACCAUGUAACAAUGCAAAAAAAAAAUACAAUAACUCAGAUCCCAACUAUGUUGUACUAUGCUUGAUAUCAUAAACUGUGACAAGAUGGCUGAAUGAAAUUGAGGGUGGUAUUAGAUGAUGGCACAACAGAUACCAUUCAGGUUGAUGCAGAGGCAUACCGCAAUAUUGUAU